AUGAACACAGAGAAUUUUCGUUUCUACAUUAAAGUGCGUACUGCACUAAAUAUUGAAGCAAGAACUAUUCACGACGAGCUGCAUACGGUUUUUGGUGAUGAAGCUUCUUCUUAUCGAACAGUUGCCAGAUGGGCUCAAUGGUUUCGUGAAGGUCGAGAAGAAAUUGAAGAUGAAGAACGAUCUGGAAGACCUGUAACUGAGACUACUCUUGACAAUAUCGAAGAAAUUCGUAGUAUUAUUAACGAUGAUCCUCAUGUUACAAUAGCAGAAUUACAGGAGCAUACUGGUCUAAGCUAUGGCACCGUUCAUCGAAUACUAUCGGAUCAUCUGGAACUUAGAAAAAUUACUGCUCGUUACAUACCCAAACAGCUAAUGGAUUAUCAACGAAAUGAACGAGUUCGAAUAUGCAAAGAAAAUCUAUCAAAAUUUACAGAAGGAGGAUGGCGUUUGUCUGACGUGAUAACAGGUGAUGAAUCGUGGUUUUUCCAUCAGCAAACUGAUCGAAAAGUUUCCAAUGCUGCUUGGGUGGCAAAAGAUGAUCCUCCACCAACAAUAAUACGACGAAAUAAGUUUGCUCCUAAGACUUUAUUUUGCAUUUUCUUUAAAUCAACUGGUCCUCUUCUAAUCCAUCGUGUCGAACGUGGACAGACUAUCGAUCGCCAUUAUUACAUCGAAAAUUGUUUACAACCUGUCAUCGAAGAAAUUAAGAAACAAAGACCUUCCUCAGGUACUCAUGCUAUCAAACUUCAUCAUGAUAACGGACGAGCACAUGUUCAUCAAGAUGUCCUCGAUUAUCUUCGUUCUGAGAAAAUUACCAUAGUACAACAUCCGCCCAAUUCUCCAGAUCUAUCUCCCUGUGAUUUUUGUAUAACUGAAACUACGAAUGAAGAUGAUUUAUCAUCACGUUCUGUACGUCUUGGUGCAUUACAAACAGGUAUACCAGCUAUUGGAACAUUUGCUAUUGGUUAUUAUAUAGAUUGGCGUGGUUUUACAGAUUUAUGUUGGAUAGGUUUAGGAUUAGAAUUAAUAUCAAUAUUAAUUGUUAUGUUUAUUUUUAAAUCAAUAAAUUCUAAUCGUAAUGAACGUAUACCUUUAUUAAUAUCAAUAAAUGAAAAUGAAUUUAAAGAAUUAUCAUCAAAUACAUCUAAUAAUUUUUUUCAAGUUUGUAAAGUAUUUCAUUUUAAUAAACGACGAACAUUAACAAAAUCAAUAAGUCUUUUAUUAACAUUAUUUUCAAAUAUUUUUUAUACAUUAGCAUCAUCAACAUUUGCACCAUUUUGUUGGACAUCAAAAAAUAUUGGAAAUUAUUCAGCAUUAGCAGCUAUAUCUUAUGCUAUAUUAAGUGUACUUGGUAUGCAAGCAUUAACACAUGCUGGUGCAAAUGAUGCUAUUAUUUGUUUAAUAAGUCAUAUAUUUUUUUUUAUAUCAUCUAUAUGGUUAGCAUUUGCACGUCAUAAUUGGGAAUUAUAUGCUGGAUUAUUAAUAAGUGCUUUUUCAGGUUAUCAAGGUUCAUUAACAAUGUCAAUGAUGACAAAAUGGUUAGAACCAUCGGAACGUUCAAAUGCAUUUAUAUUUGUAACUGAAAUUAAUACAAUUAUGACAACAUUUGGUACAACAUUUUUUACUUGGGUUUAUGCACGUACAGUACUUAAUUAUCGAAAUUUAACUUUACUUCUUGGUGCUGGACUUUGUAUUAUUCCAACAAUUUUAAAUUUAUGUCUUGCUUUGAUAACACGAAAAAUAUCUGAAGAAGAUCUACCGCCAUUAUCUGAAACAGAUGUUGAACCAGCACCAUUACGUUUACCGAAUAAUGGACCACUACAUGCCGGUGAUGCGACUUGUGUUGUUAUUCCAUCUCGAUCAUUAACGUCUUCCUUACGUACACCAAAUGUUGAAAGAUCUCGAAGUAAUUCGAUUGAUGAUAAUGAAACUGAAGAAGUAUUGGAUCCUUCAACCAAUGAUUUAAUUAUUCUUUGA